AUGUCUCCGACGGCUUCAAAUGGUGAUGAAGAUAACCGAAUCAAGUAUACCCGUCCAAAUGAUGGCCUAGCUGAUUGCGGGGAAUGGAUCCAGUACCUGAACCGAGUGGUUUCCUUAACAACUUGUAUUAUACUACACAUUCAUAUUAUUCUAAGAUUGUUGAUUGCUAACAAAAUCCGACAGAUGAAUGAUUAUCAAAAACUUAUAAUUGUCCAAUCGAUAAUUAAUAUUUUGGCGUGCAGUUUUGAGAUGGUGCUUAAUGAGAUUCAAACCUCCAAUAUCAAUUACGUAAAAAUUGGUCAUUCCUGGUGGCACUUUACCCGGUUUGAAACCAUUUUCUACACUAUUUCCAUGGUGGUCACCUCAAAUUCGACCCAGGAUUUUCUGAUGCUUUUCAACUUGCACAGGCUGGUGCUUAUCAAAAACGGAAAAUUGCUGAGAAUGUACUGUAUGGCUUUACCUCUGAUGGUAAUUGGAAUGUAUGGAGAUAUCAGUGAUUCGUAUAGUUUUGUCGAGAAAGGCCAAGACGUGAAUCUCUUCUAUAAAUACACCCAACUCCCAAUUAUCGCAACUGUGAUCAUUUAUUGCUACGUUAGACUCCAACGGGAUUUCAAAACAAAUCAAAAUAUGUCUGAAACGACGAAAAAACUACAGAAAAAGCUCUCAACAAGCAUUUUGCUGCAAAUUAUUCUUUCGGGCGUAGUCUGGUUUGUCUUGUAUUUUGUUCCAUGGGUUUUCAAUGAAUUUGGGGAUCCGGAAUAUUAUACGAAUCAUAUUGUGAUGUAUAUUAUACUCUCUUCACUUGUCACCCAGUGGUAUUCCCUUAUCUCUGUUUUCCUGAUAACUUGGUCCAUUAGCGGCUUCUUUCAUAACCAUACUCCCACGCAUUCCGCUGUGAAAGUAGUUCAGGAAGCUUUACGGAACCCGCCCUCGCCUGAUUUGAAGGCUGUAGAGAUUGGAAAAUCAAAUUAG